AUGAGUCAACAACAACAACUUUUUGAAAAUCAAAUUGUGAUCAUUACGGGAGCAGCAAGAGGAUUGGGACGUUCUCAUGCAUUGGCUUUUGCGGGUUGCGGAGCGUAUGUGGUAGUUCAGGAUAUUGAUGAAAAGGCAUCCCGAGAAACGGUUGAAUAUUUGAACAAACAAUUUCCGAUUAAAACUGGUGUUAGAGCAAUCGCCUCGAAUCAUUCCAUUACCAAUCCUGAAGGUCCAUCCCAAAUUAUUGAACAAGCUUUGAAAUCCUUUCCUCCUCAAGCUAAAAUCACAGUUCUUGUGAAUAAUGCAGGAAUUUUGAGAGAUAAAUCCUUCUCGAACAUGACCGAAGAGCAAUGGUCACAAGUCUAUUCCGUUCACUUGUAUGGAGUUUUCUUAAUGACACGUCAGGUUUGGAACAUUUUCAAGAAACAACAAUAUGGUCGAGUGAUUUUCACAACUUCAGCUGCUGGUUUGUAUGGAAAUUUUGGACAAGCCAAUUACAGUGCCUGUAAAGAAGCUUUGUGUGGAUUGGCAAGAACGUUGGCAUUAGAAAGUGAGAGAAUGGGAAAUGUUUGUGUGAAUUGUGUGAGUCCAUUGGCUGGUACACAAAUUUUGCAACAAUCGAAUAUGGAGAAGGAAAUGUUAGACUCAUUGAAAGUGGAGAUGGUUUCUCCUUUAGUUGUUUUCCUAUCUUCUUCGAAAUGUAAGGAAAAUGGACAAAUCUAUGAAGCAGGAGGAGGAGUCAUUACCAAAGUGAGAUAUGAACGUGGAGUUCCAUUCUAUUGUGACACAAUUCAAAAUGCACUUAGUGUGGAGGUGAUUGAAAAAAAUUGGGAAAAGAUUAAUCAAUUUUUCACCAUCUCUCCUGACGCAAAUGUAGAUCCAGAAAAUAAUGGAUUUGAAAGAAAUCCAAAGAGUGCUGCUGAGAGUUUCCAAAACAUUAUCAAACAUGCAACCAAGUUGCAUCAAAAGAGUGCUACUUCUACCAGCAGCGAUUCUAGAGAGAGUGUUACACGAGAUGUCACUACUACCUCUACUCAACAAUCAUCAUCUACAACAACAGCAGAACCCAAAAUUGUUGCUGGACUUAAACGAGCAGUUUCUCCCAAUGAGGUUCAUGUGGAUGGAUACAAGUGCUCUGAAUUAUUCGGAAGAAUGGUCAUACUUUUCAAGGAACAUACUGACCUAGUUGGAAAAUUCAAAGUAACCUAUGUAUUUGAUUUAAUUAAUGACCAAAACAAGAAUAUUAAGAAACAAUGGACUCUCAAUAUCAAAAAUAAGGACGAUUGUGGAGUUUAUUUGGGAGCUCCAGUCACCACAGAAGGAGACAAAGUUGUCGAUUGUGUCAUGACCAUGACCGAUUCGAAUUGUUACAAGGUCAUGACAGGUCAAAUUUCACCACAAAGUGCGUACAUGAGAGGAAUGGUCAAAGUUAAAGGAAGUAUUGGACUAGCUCUCAAAUUAACAGGAUUGCAAAAAUUAUUGACUCCUCAACCUUCAUUGUAA